AUGAGCCGACAAUAUUCAGCUUCCACGGCUCCUAUUGACUACGCCACACUGUUACAGUCCUUCACCCAACAAAACCAAGCUGUUCUGGAUGCUCUGAAGCAAAGCGAGGCAUGCCGUAUGGAGAAUGAGCAGCUCAAGGCAGAUCUCAAGCAGAUGCAGCUAGCAUAUGCGAAGGAGAGAUGGGCAUGUUUAGCGCAAGACUUUGCUGCCGAUCUGAAAGUCUUCACAAUCCACCAAAACAUGGAGCUGGAGGUAGAGGAAUUGAAACGGAUGCAUCGAGAACUCGCCCGUUGCUUGUGCGAUAUUGACGAUUUCGACGAGGUUUUGAAAAAACUAAUGGAAGAUGCCGAGUUGCAUAAUCAGUGGAUAUGCAUGCAUCGAGUGAAGCUUCUUUCGUCCGAAGUUUGGCGCUGUACAGAAGAGUGCGAAGGGAGGAACUGUCUGCUGCUGAGGUAUGCAUCGGCGGACAAGGAAGCUGUUCCGUUGUUGCAGUUAAUAUGGAAGGAUACUGAGGGACAUCACCUCACAAGCUGGACGAGCCAUAAGGAUUUUGAGGGGGAGGAUCACCCUUAUGAGGAACAUCACAAGCUGGAGGACAUUACCAGCUGGAGGACAUUACCAGCUGGAGGACAUUACCAGCUGGAGGACGUCAUAAGCUGGAGGAUCACAGGGCUUUAA